GGGGAAGUCCUGGCUCCUUGGGUGCCAACCCGCCCUGGGAUAUCAAGUUGCAGAAGGACUAAGUGCAUCCUUUCCCACUGAGGCUCAACCAGGCAGUCCAUCUAAGGGAAGAGAAUCCAGUGACAGGCCACAGAGUCAGGCCUACAAGUUGGGGCUCUUUCAGCCUGCAACCUGAAAAUGCUGCUGAUUUUGUUCCUGAUGAUGAUUUGUUUACACGUUUGUGCGAACCAAGAUUCUGGCCCCGAGUACGCAGAUGUGGUUUUUCUGGUGGACAGUUCCGAUCACCUAGGGAUGAAGUCCUUUCCUCUUGUGAAAACUUUCAUCCAAAAGCUAGUCAGCAGCCUCCCCGUAGAGGCCAACAAGUACCGUGUGGCCCUGGCCCAGUACAGUGAUGCUCUCCACAAUGAGUUCCACCUAGGCGCCUUCAAGAACAGGAACCCCAUGCUGAACCACCUCAAGAAGAACUUCGGGUUCAUCGGCGGCUCCCUGAAGAUUGGGAACGCCCUGCAGGAGGCUCACAGGACCUAUUUCUCUGCUCCCACAAACGGAAGAGACAAGAAACAGUUCCCCCCAAUCCUGGUGGUGCUGGCUUCAGCGGAGUCCGAGGAUGACGUAGAAGAGGCUUCGAAGGCCCUGCGGGAAGAUGGGGUGAAAAUCAUCUCUGUGGGGGUGCAGAAGGCUUCUGAGGAAGACCUGAAGGCCAUGGCCACCUCUCAGUUUCAUUUCAACCUCAGGACUGCCAGAGACCUCAGCAUGUUUGCCCCAAACAUGACACAGAUCAUCAAGGAUGUGACUCAGUACAGGGAAGCAAUGACUGAUGACAUUAUUGUAGAAGCUUGCCAAGGCCCAUCUGUGGCCGAUGUGGUAUUCCUGUUGGAUAUGGCCAUCAACGGCAGCCAAGAGAACCUAGAUCAUCUUAAAGCAUUCCUGGGGGAAAGUGUCUCUGCCCUUGACAUAAAGGAAAACUGCAUGAGGGUUGGCCUGGUGGCCUAUAGCAACGAAACAAGGGUGAUCAGUUCUCUGAGCAUGGGUGUCAACAAGACGGAGGUCUUACAGCGCAUACAGGAUCUGUCCCCUCACGUAGGGCAGGCCUACACAGGAGCUGCCCUCAGAAAGACGAGGAAGGAAGUCUUCAGUGCACAGAGGGGCAGUCGGAAGAACCAAGGGGUGCCUCAGAUUGCUGUGCUGGUGACCCACAGAGCUUCAGAUGACAACGUGACCAAGGCAGCUGUCAACCUCCGGCGGGAGGGAGUGACCGUCUUUACCAUGGGCGUAGAGGGGGCUAACCCAGAACAGCUGGAGAAGAUCGCAUCCUACCCUGCCGAGCAGUUCACCUCCAAACUGAGCAACUUCUCUGAGCUGGCCACCCACAACCAGACGUUCCUGAAGAAGCUGAGGAACCAAAUCACACACACAGUCUCUGUCUUCUCAGAACGGACUGAGACCCUCAAAUCAGCCUGUGUGGACACAGAGGAAGCGGAUAUCUAUCUGCUCAUUGAUGGUUCAGGGAACACGCAGCCCACAGACUUCCAUGAGAUGAAGAUCUUCCUGUCCGAGGUGGUGGACAUGUUCAACAUCGCUCCCCACAAGGUGCGAGUCGGGGCCGUGCAGUACGCCGACACCUGGGACCUGGAAUUUGAGAUCUCUAAGUAUACUAACAAGCCUGACUUGGGAAAGGCCAUCGACAACAUCAGGCAGAUGGGUGGAAACACCAAUACGGGUGCAGCCCUGAACUUCACCCUGACGCUGUUGCAAAGAGCAAAGAAGCAACGGGGAAACAAAGUGCCAUGUCACCUGGUUGUCCUGACAAACGGCAUGUCCCAGGACAGCGUCCUGGGUCCCGCGCAUAAGCUGAGGGAGGAAAACAUCCGUGUGCAUGCGAUCGGCGUCAAGGAAGCCAACCAAACACAGCUGCGGGAGAUAGCGGGAGAUGAAAAGCGAGUUUAUUACGUGCAUGAAUUCGAUGCCUUGAGGGACAUAAGGAACCAAGUGGUUCAGGAGAUCUGUGCUGAAGAAGCCUGCAGAGAUAUGAAAGCGGACAUCAUGUUUCUGGUGGACAGCUCUGGCAGCAUUGGACUCGAAAACUUCAGCAAGAUGAAGGUGUUUAUGAAGAACCUGGUGAGCAAAUCCCAGAUCGGGGCUGACCGGGUGCAAAUUGGUGUGGUCCAGUUCAGCCACGAAAACAGGGAGGAGUUUCAGCUCAACACAUUCAUGUCUCAAAAUGACAUUGCCAACGCCAUCGACCAAAUGGCUCACAUUGGAGAGACAACCUUGACAGGCAGUGCGCUGACCUUUGUGUCUCAGUACUUCAGUCCUGAAAAGGGGGCCCGGCCCAAUGUUAGGAAGUUCCUCAUUCUCAUCACGGAUGGCGAGGCUCAGGACAUAGUAAAGGACCCAGCAGUAGCCCUUCGAAAAGACGGUGUGAUUAUCUAUUCUGUGGGAGUGUUCGGCUCCAAUGUCACCCAGCUCGAGGAGAUCAGUGGGAAGCCGGAGAUGGUUUUCUAUGUUGAGAAUUUUGACAUCCUACAGCAUAUUGAAGAUGAUCUCGUUCUGGGAAUCUGCAGUCCCCGUGAAGAAUGCAAGCGGAUUGAAGUUUUGGAUGUAGUGUUUGUCAUCGACAGCUCCGGCAGCAUUGACUAUCAAGAAUAUAACAUCAUGAAGGACUUCAUGAUUGGCUUGGUGAAAAAAGCUGACGUGGGCAAGAAUCAGGUCCGGUUUGGAGCUCUGAAAUAUGCUGAUGACCCAGAGGUGCUGUUUUACCUGGAUGAACUGGGCACAAAGCUGGAGGUGAUUUCAGUGCUCCAGAAUGACCAGCCCAUGGGUGGUAACACUUACACUGCUGAGGCCCUGGCUUUCUCCGAUCACAUGUUCACCGAAGCCCGGGGCAGCCGUCUGCACAAGGGAGUCCCCCAAGUCCUCAUUGUGAUUACUGAUGGAGAAUCUCAUGAUGCAGAGAAGCUCAAUGCCACCGCCAAGGCCCUGAGGGACAAAGGCAUUCUGGUCCUAGCUGUGGGGAUUGCUGGCGCCAAUACCUGGGAGCUCUUGGCCAUGGCUGGGUCGAGUGACAAGUACUACUUUGUAGAGACCUUCGGAGGCCUGAAGGGGAUAUUUUCCGAUGUGUCAGCCAGUGUCUGUAACUCUUCAAAAGUCGAUUGCGAAAUUGAAAAAGUUGACCUCGUAUUCCUCAUGGAUGGUUCAAACAGCAUCCAUCCGGAUGACUUCCAGAAGAUGAAGGAGUUUUUGGCAUCGGUCGUUCAAGACUUCGAUGUCAGCCUCAACAGAGUCCGCAUAGGAGUGGCACAGUUCAGCGACAGCUACAGGUCAGAGUUUCUGCUGGGGACAUUCACAGGGGAAAAGGAGAUAUCCACACAGAUUGAGGCCAUCCAGCAGAUCUUUGGUUACACCCACAUUGGAGAUGCACUCAGGAAGGUGAAGCAUUACUUUCGGCCAGACACGGGCAGCAGGAUCAACGCCGGUACCCCUCAGGUGCUGCUGGUCCUCACAGAUGGCCGGUCCCAAGAUGAGGUGGCCCAGGCGGCUGAGGAGCUGAGACACAAGGGUGUGGACAUCUACUCGGUGGGCAUCGGGGACGUGGAUGACCAGCAGCUGAUCCAGAUAACCGGGACAGCGGAGAAAAAACUGACGGUGCAUAACUUCGACGAGCUAAAAAAGGUGAAGAAAAGGAUCGUUCGUAACAUCUGUACCUCAGGUGGUGAGAGCAAUUGUUUCGUGGAUGUGGUGGUUGGAUUUGAUAUCUCAAGUCAGCGGAGAGGGCAGACUUUGCUCGAAGGUCAGCCUUGGAUGGGGACCUACCUCCAAGACCUCUUACGUGCCAUCAGCUCCCUCAAUGGGGUAAGCUGUGAGGUGGGCACAGAGACUCAGGUGAGCAUAGCUUUUCAAGUGACGAAUGCUAUGGAGAGAUACCCUUCCAAGUUUGAGAUCUACAGUGAGAACAUACUGAGCAGCCUGCAGGGUGUGACAGUGAACGGCCCAUCUCGCCUCAACCCAAACCUGCUGAGUUCUCUGUGGGAUACGUUUCAGAACAAGUCCGCUGCUCGAGGGAAGGUGGUCCUUCUGUUUUCAGAUGGAUUGGAUGACGGCGUUGAAAAACUUGAACAGAAAUCUGAUGAACUCAGAAAGGAAGGCCUGAAUGCCCUCAUAACCAUCGCUGUGGACGGAGCUGCCGAUUCCAGUGACCUGGCUGACCUUCUCUACAUUGAAUUUGGGAAAGGAUUUGAGUACAGAACACAGUUCACAAUCGGAAUGGGGAACCUUGGGAGUCACCUGUCAAAGCAACUAAUCAAUGUUGCAGAGAGGACCUGCUGCUGUUUGCUCUGCAAGUGCACAGGAUGGGACGGCGCCAUGGGGGAUCCGGGCUCAGCAGGGGAAAAGGGACCCCCAGGAUUUAAAGGCAGUGAAGGCUACCUGGGAGAAGAAGGCAUUGCUGGAGAAAGAGGAGCCUUGGGACCAAUGGGAGAGCAAGGUACAAAGGGAUGCUUAGGUGCCAAAGGGCCCAAGGGAGCCCGAGGACUCAGCGGAGAAGAGGGUGAAGUUGGGGAAGAUGGGCUUGACGGAUUAAAUGGAGAACAGGGUGACAGUGGGAUUCCUGGAAGAAGAGGAGAAAGGGGUGAUGCGGGAUCUCAGGGAAGCCCAGGCAAGAGAGGGGCUUCUGGUGACCGUGGACCGAAGGGCCUACGAGGAGAUCCGGGAACUCCUGGACGUGAUAAUAGCAUACAGGGACCCAAGGGCUUGAAAGGAGACCCUGGAAGACAAGGCAGAAGAGGCUGGCCAGGCUCUCCUGGGACACCAGGCUCAAGAAGAAAGAUGGUAGUUCAUGGCCGAAGAGGACAUACAGGCCCACAGGGAAAUCCAGGCAUCACAGGCCCAGAUGGACUUGAAGGUUCGCCCGGACUUAAGGGCCCGCAGGGUCCAAGAGGAGAGGUCGGUGAGAAAGGAGAAAAAGGAGGCUUCGGAAUGAAAGGUCCCCAGGGGCCUCCAGGACCCAAAGGACGAGCUGGGAACCAAGGCCAUUGGGGAAGCCAAGGAAGCAAAGGAGAACCUGGAGACCUGGGGGAAAAGGGAGCUGCUGGCUUUCCAGGGCCUCGGGGCCUGCAGGGUGACGACGGCAGCCCAGGAUAUGGUAGCAUUGGCCGAAAAGGGACAAAGGGGCAAGAAGGAUUCCCCGGAGAGAGUGGACCAAAGGGUGAUAUUGGGGACCCUGGCGAUCCAGGAGAGGCUGGUCCCAAGGGAGCCAGAGGCAAAACGGUAUCUGCUGGGAUUCCAGGAGAGCCAGGAUCCCCCGGGGAGCCAGGACCCCCUGGAAGGAAGGGCAUGAAAGGAGCCCGAGGACUGGCUUCAUUUUCCACAUGUGACCUCAUUCAGUAUGUGCGGGAACACAGUCGUAAGUACCCUGCUGAAAACGACCCCCCUACCCCACCCCCAAUCUGUCAGAAGGAAGUUAGCAAAAUGCGCCCUCAGGACAGAUGCGAUUGGCCAACCAGGCUCUUCAGAUUAGAGACGGCAUGGGUGAAGUUUGAGUCCACAGGGAGGUACCUAGUAUAUCAACUCCCCUCUCUGUGCCAGAAUGUGUGUGUUUGAACCUCUUCCCAGUGUGGUGCGGUCUUAUACACUGUGGGCUUUAAACCUGGGGCAGAUCAGUGGAGUUUGAGACGGUUGUUAGUGUCAGACGGUUUUUGACAGGACUGAGGUCGGCAGUGGAAAGCGGCAGCUUUGUUAAUGUGGCCCGGUGGGUGGAAGCCCUGACUCUUCUUUAUGCUUUACUACUCUUUCCCUGGAAUGAUUGACUGGAAAUUUUAGAGUAACACUUAACUCCACCAAUAAUUUUCUCUUCUCUCAAAAAAUGUAAAAAUCGAAAAGGUAUUCAGAUUUGGCAAAAGCGCUUCUGAAUUUGAGACCCUCAGGACAGGGCGUAACCCUUAGUGUCGUAAAUACCAACCGGUGUUAGAAGUCUGUAUACUCACCUGCACUGUGUGGAACAUUGGUUUGAAUAUGUAUAAUACUUCCUAAGUAAAUGUAGCGACUGAAAGGAAGAGUUCAAAGUCUCUUCAAGGCAUUUUUGGGAGAAAACUCAGAUAAAGCAGAGCCCAUUUCUUAUAGAGGGCAAUACUUCUAGAGACACAGAACUUAAAAAGCACAAACAAACAAAACCCCCAAGCCCUAUCUGUUUUGUUUAUGCAGAUGUGUGUAUGCAACUUAGUGUACUGGGGCACAUGCACAUGGAAGUCAGAAGAGGGCAUCAGAUCCCUUAGGCUGGAGUUACAGAGGAUUGCAAGCUACUGUGUAGCUGGAAAUUAAACCUAGGUCCUCUCCAAGAGCAGCAAGUGCUCUUGACCACUGAGCUAUCUCUGCAGGCCCAGAGACACAGAAUUUUAAUGGCUCUAGAAGCCAUUGAGUUGCUCAGGACUCUGACUUUCCCAUAGCAGAAAGACAACACAGGUGGGAAUCCAGCCUGUACCUUGAACCUGUGGAGAAGGGCCAUCCUGAGAUUGAAUUAGCAUACUAGGUUUCUACCUGACAUGUAAGCCAAGUGACAAGCAAUGAGGAGCCCUUCAAAAUGUGAGGGUCCUACCCAGCACAUCUGUCCCAAAGUACACAAAAUUGUUUCAGAAGUAUGAAUUAGAACACAAAAGGAGUUAAUAACUUCUGUGUAUUUUAUAAAAGCACACAACCAUGUGAAUGCGGUCAGGGCUUCCUCAGACCUGGCCUUGCAGGGGAAGGAACAUCUGCAAAUUAGUAGCCAGAAGCAACACUGCCCAAUGGGACAGUCUACCAUGGUAGAGGUGUCCCCUUGCACCCUUCAGCAGUCUAGCUGCCCAGCACGUGUGGCUUUGAACACAAAGGUAAAGAGAAUCUCACUGAGAAGCUACAUUUUUUUAUCCAAUUAUUUGAAGUGUGAACCACUACCCCUGGCCUGUGGCUAUGCAGUGUGGCCCAGCCAGUGUUUAUUUCUUCCGGAGUACAUCUCUCACUUCUAAUUAUAUGAUAUACAAAUAUGUCCAGACACAGGGGGACCCCUCCCAGACGCCCAAACAUUUUGAUUGCCGACAUAAUGUCACAUGUGGAAAAGGUCACAUCUGCCCUCAACGUGACAAGUUGCAGCCAAAACAUUGGGCACACGAAACACAGUGUAUAAACUCACCUUCAGUGUAUAGACUCCCGUCUAUCCCCAGGAGAUCUCGUUACAUAUAUAUGUAAAUAUCCCAAGCUGAAAAAAUCUGAAAUCAGGACUACUAGCAGUCCCAGCCUUUCAGAUAAGAGAAACUCAACCCAUGCAGACACCAUAUGUACAUAUAGACACACUUACAUAGACAUACACACACAUAUAUGCAUAUAUCCAUCUGCACAUAUGUGUACAUACUUGAGCUUAGGAUGUAGGUCCCUGGUGGGCUCAGUCCCCAGUCCUGCAGAAAACAAGAGUAAAGGUAAGAUCCAGGCCUUUGGGGUUGAGGCUGUAACACAGUGGUACAGUCCUUAGCUAAUCAGGAGAAAGUGACACAGGCCUUGACUUGGUCCCCUCCUCCUCUAUGCCUCCUCACAAAAAAAAAAAAAUCAAACAACCAAACACACAUGUAUGAUGUAUGUGUGCAUGCAUGUAUGUAUAUGUGCAUGUAUGCACACAUGUAUGCACAUACAGUUGGCAUCUAUAGAUAUAGGAGAAAUGAUAAAGAGAGGUCAGGACCAUCUAACUUCCCAAAUUGAGCUCAGCUCCUGCUACAUCAUGGUCCUUUUCAGACAGAGGAGAGGGUCUCCACAUCCCACAGCUGGCCACAGGGUGCCAAUGUAUGGCUACAUGUUGUCCCUCUUCCCCCGUUCCUAUACCCCAGAUGGAACCCUGCUGUUCCAUGAUUCGGGUCACAGUCUAUGUUCUCCGGACUGUCUGUUGCCUUGAGUGUUGGGUGGACGUGGCCCCACCGCUCCAGUUUUACCAAACAGUUUAGAACCCUGGCAUCCUACCAAGUAAUAACCCCCUCUCCUUUGUUCUUCCUCGCAGCUGUCAGACACGGUGAGUGAUCUUCAUCUACCUCACGCUUUACUCACGAAGACAAGAUCGAGCCUGGUGAUGAGAGAAACUGGACCUGGCCUUCCUUUGCUCACACUCAGAGCACUCGCGUGGGCUCUAAGGACUCAGCAGCUGUAGCUGAGUUUCACCCCCAUUUCCCAAUCCAACCAGAAGCCCGUUUGUUAUGAAGCAUAGGCUGAUGACAUGUAUCAUCAUUCACCCACCCGACUUUUUAAAAUAUCCUUCCUCCCUCCUCCCGUUUUCUCUCUCAUCUCUCCUUGGUCCUCUCCCAAUCUCUCUUCCCACUCCACUUCUCCCUUUCUCUCCCGCCGCAUCUCUGUCAUGUCUCCUCCAUGGUUCAGUGAUGAGGAUGCAGAGGGCAGAAUGAGAAUCAGGAUCAGAUAAAGUGAGAGAGAUGUGCGGUGGAGAUGAUGCUGGGACCUAGGUAGCUCGUGCUUAAUGGUAAUCGCCAGCCUGCCUCAGUGACUUUUAAUCUCGUUCUUUAUGUGUUUUACCAAUGCUUAAUACUUGGCACAUUUGUAACAGCCUAAUAUAGAUAUCUGGAUACACACACACACACACACACACACACACACACACACACCCUUAUUAUAUGAAUUUCCCAGCCUUUGCCCUCUACUAACUCAGUCCUUUAGUAAGGAUUUAUCGAAAGCCUCCUGUGAUCUUGUCUCUUGUUUUAAGCUGGGGACAGGGUUGACAGCAGACAAGAUCCAUCAUACAUUUCCACUCUUGUGGAGACUCCAGAUAAACAAAGAGACGAAUUCAGAAUCUGAGAUAGAGCCCAGGCAGCCUAGCAAUGGAGUAAUGUCAGGAGAGGGGUGGAGACUUUUUGGACCAGGGCUCCUCCCUGAAGCAGCGAACUCAGAGUCAGGACUAAAGGAGCCUCAGUUUUCUAAGUGUAAGGCAAGAAAUCCAAAUACCAGAGCUGUGAGCAGAGGAGUGGACAUAGGCAUUUCCCUAGAAAGCAACAGAGCCCAGUGUCCCCGCGAUGCAGUGGUAGGAGAGAUUAGCAUGUUAAAAACAAAUGAGGUAGAGCUAGAAGCUGCAUCAGGCUGGGUAGGUGGACUCCAUCCAUAAUGCCACACGGAAAGAAAGAUCACUUGUUCUCCCUCACAGCCUGUCAUAUGUGUAUAAGCGAAGGUAAGUGUGGGUGCAGCACACCAUGUCGAGGGGCGAACAGGAAAGGGUAAAUAUCAGUGGUGAGGAAGGAUGAGGUGCAGGUGAAGAGCCCAAGCCAUGAAAGAGGAAGUAAAGCUGAUUGCUUAUCUAGGCUUCACCGUGUUGUAGACUCCUUAGGUUUUCUUGUGGGUAAGCAGAUAAAAAUGUACUCAUCAGAGAGACUGUGAAAUCCACUGUGGAGUGGCUGUUCUAGCUGUGUAAAAAGUUCACCCAGAAGUGUCAACUUUGGAUCUGUUUAAUCCCAUAGUCGUUUAUUUCAAGUAACUUUCGAAUCACAUCUCAAUUACUGAUAAGCCAGAGAAUGAGUCCGAUAGGGUGCGGGUAGGUAGAUGGAGACGCCACCUGCCUGCUCUUAGGCAGAAGCCGUCAGCGCGAACUCUGCACUCUGCGGAGCCCUUGGGCUCCUGGAAACAGCAUGCUGGGUUUGAGGCUUUGUUUCAAAUUAGCCCUGAAGUGUUUUUUUUUUUCUUUGAAAACUAAAACUUUUUCUGUGUUUUCAGGCUGCACUGUUAACCCCUUCUUCCCUGUAUCCCUAAAUUAUACCAGCGUCAUUACUGGUUUUGUACCGUAUACCAACAAACACAAAGCUAGAAGCAUCAAGUCCACACUUAGUUAGGAUUCACCUUUUAAUUGUAAAAUCAACAUUCCCUUCAUUUUUGAAAAAAAUCUGCUCAUCCCACUGAUUAGACUCAGGGGCUAACAAAUUAUGUUCCCAUCUCUGCUGAGAUGAACGGAUUUGGCAUUAGCAUGCACUAUAACUGGCCAUGGAGUUAUUCCUUUUGUCUGUGGAACUCUAGUUCAGGAUGACCUAGAACUUCUGGCCCUCCUGGCUCUACCAUUCAAGUGUGUGGGUAUAGGCAUAUGCUACUAUAUCUGUUUUCUGUGGUGCCGGGGAUCAAACCCAGGGCUUUGCACAGGCCAGACGAGCAACACACUGACUAUGCUAUAUCCCUAGUCUCUUAGCCUCCAUUUUUUUUAAUUAUAAAAGAAGUCCUGACAGCCUUUAAAGUCCUUUCCCCCUUGUUUUUAUCCUCAUUAAAUGAAAAGAAUUUAUGUUUCAACAUGAUUCAAGUACAGAUGCAAACGACCAUGCCUCUGAGCCAGCUUCUGCGGGGUUAAGGACACUUCCAAACAGGUUCUACCAUUUAGAAGGGAUUGGGUAAUUAAUUUACGAGCUUAGUCCCUAAUCAUGUUGAUUUUAGACUGUUUUCUUUUCUGCUCAUCCCAGCAGAGCAUAUAGCCAGCUUUUAAAACAGCCAUUUUAACGACUCAAGAUGUAAACAUUUAAUAUUUUAUAUGUUUUAAUAUUUGGGUUAUUAAUUAUUUAAUGCUUAAAUAUUUGAGCAGUUAGCAUUUAAAAUGAUUUUGCUUUCCAUGUAUUGGUUUUAGGCAAACAUUCUACAG